AUACAUUCGAAAAUUAAUUGUCGAGUUCUUUAAUGAAAACAUGUACGAUGGAUGUGGCAGCGUUGAAUAAUACAAACAAUGAAUUUUCUUGAAAGAAAGCAUCAUCCUAAAUACAACAGCAAAAAGAGCGUCGUGAAAAAAACGUUUUUGUAUAGACACAGUAUAAUUCGCGAGAAAAAAGUUACCCGUUGACGUUUUCCUCUCAUUAUUCGAAGUAUUUCUCUACCGUUAAUUGUAAGAACUCAAAUCUGUGUCGGAAUAAGUAUAAGAAAAAAUUGAACUAUACCGCCGUGGAGAGAAGCAUAUAACCGUCGUUUUCUACCAUUCUUAUUGCACGCACUCAUGCAAACAAUAGAGCGUCCGCAACUGUCAAACCGGUGUGUAAACAAACAAGCACGAUCUUCUUUCAUGAAUUAAUAUAAGUGAAUAAAAGUAAUUAGUCAAUGGGAAUGCCACUAAAAUACGUGUAUAAUUAUCAUCUCGUACGCUUAAACGAAUGAAUAAAAGUAGUACGAAGUGAAUUCGAAAACGGCUGAUAUGGAGCGCGCGUAUGAAUAACCUUCAAGGGCGCCGGUGAAUUAUGAAUUCGGAAAGUUCCUCUGCCUUCGCGAUGGCCAAAACGAAAGAAAAUACUAGGAAAUUUCCCGAAGUUUUGAAAACUCCAACAAAGAGAAGAAAAAUAUCGUCAAGCCCGGAUCAAUCGCCGCGAAAAUCACCUAAGAAAUCACCGAGAAAGUUAUUAGAGGAUGAAGAGCUGAAUGAAAAUUUAGUGUUUCGGGCUCUAGAAAACCUGAAUUUGGCUCGAGAAGGCAUGAUUCCCACAGAAUUUGACUUGGAAUCGCAUUACAGAGAGAAAAAGUUUGAGAUCGAGUGCCAUAACUCGACGAAGGAACCCUCGAAAAAGUAUGAUAGCGGUGCGGUAAAAGUACCGAAAGAUACUAAUGGUAAUCUUUUUAUAACGGCACUGUUAAAAGUUUUUUCUGAAGCUGUAAACUGCGGAUAUUUCAACUCGGAAGAAUUGGAUGCUGUAUUCUCAUUGUUGUCCUUAAGCUCGGGAGCGCAAUCGCUAUUGGCGAGGCUGUCAAAGCGUAAGCGGGGUUGGCACAAGGUUGAGUCGAUAAAAUAUCCCGAAAUCGCCGACGACUUGAUCCCUUUUUUUCGAGAGCUUGUUAAAUCAAAAUUUCUUGACGACGAUACGAAAAACGAGGCAGUGACAACUUUACUGGGUCUUUUAUCUCUCGAAGAAAUUAGGACUAUCUGCAAAACUGCCAAGGUUAAUCACAAAGGUGCCAAACCUGCACUUGUUGAAGAACUCGUCAAAUUGUCCAACAAAAAAAAAUCUCUGUUCCCUGGCAUGAAAAGUCCUGGUUCCGUGCUCCUGGAAAAAAUUGCUGCAGCUGUGGGCUAUUGUGUGCGUGUUACAGAUCGGUCAUUCAAUCUCCUGGAUCGGAUGUUGAUCCUCUUGAUGCCGAAUCAAGAUCCCAAGGAGCACACGACUGAUGCUUUCCGCAUACUUGCUGAAGUUAAAUUCGGGGAUAGAGUAUACCCACCUGUUUCUAGAGAACGUUUUCCAAUUUUCAGAAACAGGGAACAUCUUUUGAAAUACUCUGAGGCAAGAGAAGCUCUGAGAAAGCUUUAUAGUGCUGUGGAAUCAAAAGACUGGAAUACAGUGUGUGACUUAGGCCGAUUAGCACAAGAUCGGUUGAGCCCGCUUUUCCAAAAAGAAGAGUCGACUCAGCCUAAAAAAUCUUCAUUGCCCUCUCACAUAAAGCACUUUGAGGUGAACUAUGUCUGGGCUAAAGUGCUGUCAAAAAGUGUGGAGGGCUUCAAAAAAACACCAGAGGGGAUUGAAGUUGCUGCACAAAUUCUUCGUUCUCUGUUAAAACGAAACAAUGAAUUUCUUGGCAAUCCCACUCGCUGGUACACCGAACUUGCUCUUAUAGAAAUGCACCACAGAAAAAACCUAGAGGCCAGUGCUGAAAUAACAGUGGAAGGGUUACAGAGGGAAAGACUUUCAGACACUGACAGAGCACAAUUGUCAGAAAGAGCAAGGAAGAUUUUAGCAAGAAAGACAAAUAUUAGUGCAGCAACAAAAGAAAAAUUGAUGGAAGUUUCAAAACCGAGUACAGAUGUUCUCUUGCCCAUCGCUAGCCCUGUGGAAAAUGUAAUCGAAGCCAGAAUGGUCCAGGGCAACACCACCGGCUCCAAGAGCACAUGGUCCGUAGGUAUAGGUGGCACAGAUGUCGGAUAUCUUCGGGUAGAGCAAGUCGCACUCCUUCAUUACACAGGAAAAGGCUUCAACGGAGGCUUGCACUGCGAAGGUGCUCUCCCCAUCACUCUCUUUGCAACUCUCUUGUGGAACGAAAUUUAUGGAAUCCCUGUACCAGGAGCUUUUGUCUCAUGCUAUCAGGAAGCUCCUCUUGAUCUCUACGGCUCUCAUUUCUUUGAGAACCGGCGAGAAGAAAUCGAAAACAAACUUCACCUCAUGAGAGAUCUUCAGCUGGAAGAUCUCUGUGAAAUAAUGAGCGAAGAUUUUUCCCAAAAUCGACACUACACAUCUCUUAUGCAUGGAAACCUCUUCGAAGAUCCCAACGACUUCAAAGACUUUGUUCAAUGCUUGGGAAAAAAUGGCAUCAUCGGAAUUUGCGAAAGAUUAGCCAGCAAUUACAGCCAAUGGAAAUCUGGAUUUCCAGAUCUCGCCGUCUGGGAUCGCGUCAAUAAAAAAUGCAAGUUCGUCGAGGUCAAAGGUCCUGGAGACUCUUUGUCUAUCAAACAAAAACUGUGGAUACAGUUCUUGGAGAGCCUAGAAGUUGGUGUCGAAGUCUGCAUCGUUCAAGGAACCACGAGAAAAUAUUUUACCUGAAUGAACUUUUUUCAAUUUUCAAUUCAUUAUAAAAUAGUUCCUAAUCCUCCAAUAUUAAGCUUGAUUCUCAGUGAGGUAUAAAACCAGAAAAAAUCCUACAUUAUUGGCUGGAUCGUUAAUACAAUAAUUCAUGGAUCGAGUAAUCAUAAACUAUUAAUUUAUACAGAUUUAUAUGCUCAAAUAAAAACGAAAUAAUUCCAACAUGA